AUUUUAUGUUUUGUGGAAUCAGUUAGUAUGAUAUUCCCACCAAAUAAUAAAUCUAGCAUAACAAAGUUUUACUUCACCGUUAUGGUUAAUCUUGACUUGUUUUCAUACCUUUCUGUGAUUUUUUUGCUUAUUUCUUGAUUUAAUUUCUUAUUUUCUCUGUGGUUCAUUACCAAAUUAAAUAGUUUUGUGUAGUUUUGAAUCAUAAUAUAUAACUGGGUAUGUGGUAGACGACAUUAUGACCAUUUGUGUGGGUAAGUAUUAUUAGUGCUUUGCGCAUUGUGGUUAUGGCUAACAUUGUGCGUCUGGAUGAGAAUAGCUAGUAAGAAAUUGGAAAAAACUUGGUCUGGCAGCUUUUGAAUGGCUAAGGAAUGCCUGUGAAUGAAGGAUUGAACGAUUGAAGCUUGUUUUGCCUGAUAAGCAAAUUUGGAAUGGACGUGAUGCACUUCACAAGGUACCAGAGGCUACCAGAGACCAGAGUAUUAGUAGCAGAGGGAAGCUGACAGAUAUGACACUGGAAUGUAAAAGGAAAAGCUUUGUAUUAGUAUGUACAGGUAAAAUUCCCCUGUUAUCUACUAAAACCUUAAAACUUAACAAACUAGAGGAGAGAUGCAUCUACAUUGAGCAGCUCGUAUCCUAAGUUCUCUACAAAAUUGUGUUUAAUCGUUCUCCUCCUAUGACCUAGUCAAGCUGGAGGUCACAUAAGUAAAUGUCUCUUCACUGCAGGGAAUUGUCAAGCCACCCAUCUGAUGAUCAAAGCCAAAUUCUUCUUCAGCCAUGGUCAGCAAAUCCUGAAAUGCAGGCUGGUUCAAAUAUGAUACAGGAACUACAAAUCGCUUCUUCUGCGUCUCCCCAACAUACACUGCUAGGAAACCUUUAGGCACAUUUGAAAACCGUGAGGUUGCUUUGUUUGAGCCAGAUCCUGAGCGUCGCAGAAUUUGCUUAGCAAGAUUGCCCGGUAAGCCAAUGGCCAUAAUGUCCUUUUCUUUUCUGAACAAAGUUGGUGUUGGAGAAAAGAAGUGAAGAGAAAUUGAGACUUGUUUUGUGUUGGUUAUGACAUUGAUUCAUGAGGAUCUAUAUAUAGAUAGAUGGUUUCUUCCUUCUCCUCCACAAUUUGGCGCCUAGGCCUAAAAUGCUUGUUGAAACAUAGUUCAUGGGGUGUCACAUGGCCUUGUCUUCCAAUGGGUACAAGUUUGGGGGAUUGAGAAGGUGAGUAACCUACAAGUUUGAGGGGUAGGCUAAUGGACGAUUGCAUAAUUCAUUGACAACAGGACGUUCGUAUAAGGAAAUGAAGUUUAACGAGUCACAUGGUCCUGUCUUGAAAUCAUAUAGCAAAUUGUAGAACUGAAAGCCAGCUACCUGCCCUACAGGUUCAGGGGUAGGCUGGUGGACGAUCACAACAUUUGAAAGUCGGACUUCCAUAUAAUCAAUUAUGAAGUUGUUAUGAUAAAGCUUGUUGUCCAUAUCCAUAGGCGACAUGCUUGAGACAAAGGUACAUGUAAUGAACUUUGUUUUAAUGAGAAGGUAGGACUAACAGGCAGAGGACUGGUGGCUGUGGCAUCCAAUGUACUGGAGAAGGAAUGAAUGAAGGUAAGACAUUUGACACCAACAUAUCUGUUUAGGAUCUAUUUGAAGCUUAUGGUAAUUUUAUUUAUGAAGCCGAGUCCGCUCUUCAGUUGGGGCUUUAUCUAUUGGAGGGUCUAAAGUGUCCACCAAACCCCUAGUCGUCUUGUGGGGGUUCCGUGUUUUGGCAUUCAACAUGGUCCUUGCCCUUGGUCAUAUUUUUUCCAUUCAUCUAAGACUGACGUCUAACCUGACAAACUAGAAAAGAAAGUCUGGCUGUGCUUGUGAAAGCUUAAAUAUAAAGCAUAUGUUCAAACAUUAGUGAUGUAGUUUCCCCCAAACAGGACUGUGUUAUCUCAAAAUCUUGAAAAUAUUAUAUGUUCCAUGCAAUGGAUUUCUUGUUCCUGAUAUUUGUUGGUCAAGUUUAUCCUUCAGAUCUCUUGCUUCCCUCUAUUGGUAUCAUAUGAGUUGGCUCACCUAUGAGCAAAUUCUUAAACUUCCAUGCCAAUAAACAGUAAGCAAAAGUGUCCGGAGCUGAAAGUAACCACAUUUUAAUGUAGGAAAAGUUUCCUCAAAGCAGAUUGAGCCUGGUUUCUGGAGAAGGACCAAAAUUAGACUCGAGUCAAGUAUGCUAUUGUCCGUAUGGGUUCAUGGAAUAUUAGUAAUGUGUGCUUCAUCAGGUCUAGCUACACUACUAAAAGUUGUUGGCUCACUGAACAGAGGUAAACGUCAUGUAUGGUUGAGUUAAGAUGUAGGCUGUGUUGUUCUGUGGUUUUGGGCACCAUGUUUGACUCCUACCCGUGUUUUAACAAUAAAAUUUUAAUUGUCUGGAAAACUGAGCAAAAUUCAAUAUGCUCAUUACAGAUUAAGUAUAUAGAACUUACAUUCAUGGAUUAAUACAGGAGCAAUAGACGGCAAUCUUAAUACUUCACAUGUUAUACAGAGGGUCCAUAUGCUUAUCAGCAACACUUCUCUCUUAAUUACCAGACUUCAAGCUGAAAGGGAAGUGUCAAGCCACCCAUUGGAUGAUCAAAGCCAAACUCUUCUUCAGCCAUGCUCAAUAAAUCUUGGAAUGAAGGCUGACUUAAGUAGGACACUGGAACAACAAAUCGCUUCUUCUGGGUCUCCCCGACAUACACUGCUAGGAAACCUUUUGGCACGUCUAGAAACCUUGAACUUGCUUUGCUUGAGCCAGAUCCUGACCGUCGCAGGAUUUGCUUAGCAAGAGUACCUGGUAAGCCAAUAGCCAUAGCUUUUGUUUUUUUGGAUGAAAGUGGUGUUAAGAUUGUGAUUUCAGACGAGAAUCUUGAUCACCAAUGUGUUGGUUCUGAAGCAAGUUUAGAUGGAUCUUAUAUAGACAUAGUGGGUAUUGUUUCUCUCCUUAAUUUGGAUCCUAGACCUAAAUCCCAGUUGGUACAUAGUUCUUUCAGCAUCACAUGGCCUUGUCUUCCACCGGUCGAACAAAUUGUAGGGACUGGGAGGAGGGUAAGUGCCCUACAGGUUUGAUGGGCAGGCCAAUUGAUUACCACAUACACAUUGAGAUAGGGCAUUCAUGUAACGAUAAUGAAGUUAUUAUGGUGAAGCUAGCUGUCCAUAUCUGUUCUAGACAUGUUGCAGACAUGUUUGAUAUCAUGAGCUUCCUUUUUAAAAGAAUUCAUGUCUAACUACUUGGAGAUGAAGACGUGUGGUCGCUGUGGCCUCUGGCAACGAGUCAGAUGGAGAAUGAGUAAAGGUAAAUUUAUAUGACUUCAACAUUGCAUUUUAGGAUUCAAAUGAAUGUAAAGUUUAUAAACUGGUUGUAUAUUUAAGGGAAAUAUUCUUUGGAUAACCCAACCCUAGCCUUCGUGUAUAAAUGGCUUCAUAUCUAUGCCAUCAAGAAUUAAGCAAAAGUAUUCAUGAAGGUAAUUUUACUGAAAUAUAACGACAUAUAAUGAACUUUCGGAGAAGAUAAAAAUAAUGGAUUUCAGGAAGUACGUAAGUGCAGCUACAACUGGAAUCAUUGGAAAUGGGUUGUUGAACUAGGAGUCCCCUCCACUGUUUCUAUUUGUAGUUCAAUUAGGCAAAGUAACAAUGGCUAUUAAGCUAUAGACAAUGCUAGCUAUGAUUCUUUUAUCUUGCAUAUAUAUGGUCAGUUAGACAAGGUCUAAUGUAAAUUUAACUGUUAGCUCAAGCCAUAAAAAAUGCUUUUCAAUUGACCAAACUCAACAGCUUUUCAGAAUUCUUCUGUGAUAUACACAAGAUGGAAGGUAAAGAAAUGGAUGUUUUUACUGCAUGGGGAAUGGUCAUUAUGCCUGUUGGUUGAUUGAAACAAUUUCUUCUGGCAAAUCAGGAUAUGAAGGGUUGUUCAAAUCCCACCAUGGAGCCACUGUGAACCCUUCAAUUUGUUAUUAUGGAUGGAAGUAAAUGAAAAGAUUUUUG